AUGGCUUCGCUCGGCGUGGGGCUGCAUCUCAUCCGCAAGAGGGGAGCAGGCAGGAGCGCCGCGGUGGAGAGGAGGAAUCUUCUCACGGUGUGCAGGUUUUCUGUAAAGACUCUACUGGACCACUCCUGUUUUGAGACAAUAGAUGACACAUCUCCAGACUUUGUCAACUUUGUUUCCAUCCUGGAGCACAUUCUCAGUCAUCAACUCAAAGGACAGAUCACUUGGUUUGGCUAUGAGAGUCCUCGGAGUUUCUGGGAUUACAUAAAAGCCGCCUGCAUUAAAGUCCCUCAUAAUUGCAUCCGAAGCAUCGAGAGCAUGGAGAAUGUGCGAGCAUCCAGAGCUAAAGGCAGGGCAUGGAUCAGAGUGGUCCUGAUGGAGAAAAGAUUAUCAGAAUACAUCUCAUCUGCACUGAGGGACUUCAAAACCACCAGGAGGUUUUAUGAGGAUGGAGCAAUCUUACUGGGAGAAGAGGCGGGGCUGUUGGCAGACACACUCAUUGGACUCAACACCAUUGACUUCAGCUUCUGUCUGAAAGGAGAGGGUCUGGACGGCAGCUGCCACGCCGUGAUCGACUACACACCUUACCUCAAGUUCGUUCAGAAUGCAGACAGCAUCAGCAGCGACGAGGAGGAAAUGAGGACUAUGGGGAGCAGCGGCAGUGAGAGCAGCAGCCCAGACAAAAUGGCCACCGCCGCCUCCAUCUUCACCGAGCAGAGCAACUUGGUCAGCAAGUGCAAACGCUUUGAGCAGAAGUACCGAAUGGCACUGGAGCAGAAGGGUUACCUGGAAGAGCUGGUCCGUCUACGAGAAGCCCAGCUGUCGGAGGCUGUGUCUCAUAGCAAAGCUCUUCAGCAGAGCCUAGCAGACACACACCUCACCCACACACUGGAGAAAGAACAGCUUGAGUACAUCAUACUGGAACUACAGGACCAACUAACGGUGCUGAAGAACAAUGAUUUGCGGUCCAGACAAGAGUUGACAGCCCAUUUGACCAAUCAGUGGCCGUCUCCCGUUGCCUUGGAUGCCAACGCCGUUGCCUUGGACACGCUGCUGUACAGGAAGAGCAUGGGACAGUGGGAGGAGAAGAGUUUCCAGAGUCUGGAGCAGCUGUCUGCAGACAUGAGUCUCUCCCAGACGUCUCUUGGACCGUCGCACACACUGAGUGUGGAAGCCAGGCCGACCAGCACACACUGGCCCCACCAAGGUAAAGAGGAGACUCUGUCUCUAAGAGGUCUGUGUGGCUCCCUGACCUCAGUCGCCAGCUACAAGUCUUUGGCCAGCCUGAAGUCCAGCGAAUGCUUGGCCAGUCCUGCAACAGAGAUCAGCAGCCCAGGCUUCACUCCUUCAUAGGGAAAGGAGAGCAAAAAAAAAAAAAAAAGCAGAUCUCCACCAGGGCCAGACAGUCAAGGAACUUUCUUAAUGUAAGUUAUAUUGAUUUGUAGACUUGUAUGUUCUGUACAUUGAACCCAGAGCUUUAACAGAUAGAAGUCAGGUUUGCAAGUUGAGGAGCCGGUGUAGCAUGUUCUUAAAACUCAAAAGCAGCUGUAUCAGACCGAAUAAUGUCUUGUUAAGGAACCAUUCAGCUGAAACUGCUGUUACUUCCUAAGUAUGUUUUACAUGCUUUUGUUUUGUUGGCAUUUUUAUCUGUGAAGCAUCUGUUUUUUCUUUUAUAGGAAAUGAAUUGAAAUAAUAGACAUCUGAUGUAAGAAUUGAAAAGUUUAUGAGAUGACAACAUGCUGAAAAUACAGAUCAGAGUUCUGAGAAAACAAAAAUACUGAAAGCCUCGAUUGUUGUUUCGUCUCAUCACUGUUUUGUUUUUGUUUGUUUUGUUUUUUGUUUUAUUUGUUUUGUUAUAACUACUUACACUUUUCUGUUCCCUGUAUCUGUCUUUUAUUGUCUGUAAAGCGUCCUUGAGUGUUAGAAAGCCGCUGUUAAAUAAAAUGUAUUAUUAUUAUUAUUAUUAUCAUUAUGAAUCAUUCCCUGUAGUUAUUAGGGUCUCUCAUUAUCUUGUGCUGUUUCUGCUGCCACUGAAUGUAUAUAAUUGUUUUUUAAUCUACUAUUCUUUUUGAUUUAUGAUGAAUGCACCUCCACUUUUAUCAGUUUUAACUUGUCAGCAAACCUUUGCAUAAUGCCGUCUUAUAUUCUAUUCUUAUGUGUACAUGUUCUUGCACUUUUCUGUUUGUAUUUUAAUUUUAUUUGAUACAGUAUUAUGUUGUAAAUGUCGUGUAUAAUACAGUGUCACUUGGUUUUGUUAUCAGGUAAGGAUUCCUGUAAUUAAUAUUCCCCCUUCACUUCUGGAUUUACUUUAAACUUAACUCAGAUUCAGACUCCUGUUAUUAUUCCCUUUAAUGACUAGUUUUACCACAAAAUAGAAAAAAAAUCCUUAUUAUAAAAUAACAAAAAUUCUGAAUGACCUGUGUCAGAACCCUUGUAGGAAUAUCUUGCAACAGAUAUUUGUGAGAAGGAGAAACAAGUGCAUUU